UUCACGUCUUGUUUUCCCGGGAAAUAACUCGGGAGAUUAAAAGGCCGCGCGAAGCAUCCAAAAAUCGUGCGCAAGCCAGCCCACAGUAUAAAGUGGACGCACUUUACUCGGAGCCUAUUUAUUUCCCAGCUGACGUGGGAGCGAGAGCGCGCAGGGCUGGAGUGUCGGCUGGGCAUCGCUCCGUGCGCGCCGGGGAGGAACGGGAAGAAGCGGCGCUGGGAUUUUAACACCUCCACCUUCCUUCUAUUUAUUUAAUUUUUUUUUUCUUUAAUCAGGACUUGGCUCUCCUCUGUGGACAGACUCCACGCGCAGAGCGAUGAGUCCUCUGAAAUCUCCCCCGGCUCUCUGUCAUUUCUCCGGUGAAGCCAGCAGACCCACCGCCGCCCGCCCUUAGAAUAAAACAGCCGCUGUAAAACAAGUCAGCACCGUCGCCGCGAUCUAACUGCUGGGAUUUACACUUUACCAUGUCUUGAGACGUGGAGGGCAAGCCUGCAAAGAUGAUGACAGAUUACCGGGAGGAUGGCAUGGACCUGGGGAGCGAUGCGUCCAGUCGCUCCAGCUCAGAGUCCAACUCCAACAAGGUCACACCUUGCUCCCCCUCUCUCGACUUGGCCACUUUGGAGGACUACAAAUCCUCCCCCUCCCUGGACCUGGUCACAUUAGAUGACUAUGAGGAGGAUGAGGACUACCAGGAGUACAAGAAGAAGGUGAUAGAAGAGUGGGAGAGCGAGUAUGGGGAGGACUACACCUCCCCGCAGCCGUCUGGUCAGGAGGAAGGCAGAGGGGCGGAUGUGAACGCUGACAGCGUUGGCGACGGCUACGGGUCAACCGUGAACAGUCGCAGCCUCGCUGAAGAGCUACAGGACGUGAAGACCACCCCGCCCCUGCCGCCCCCAGAGGGACGCACCGCCACCUCGGUUGCUGCCGUCCCAGACGAACUGAAACAGAACGGCAAUCUGAUUUUUCCCGGAAGCGACCACACUGCAGAUGCGCCACAGGAUGGCACAGGGACUCCCAAACCCAACCAUCGCAGCUCCAGCAAGGGCAGGGGGAGCCGCCGCAGCAGCGGCGGUGGCGGCGGUGGUGGAGGAGGAGGAGGAGGAGGAGGAGGAGGCAGAAGGGGGACCGGAGGACUGGUGCAAGGAUACAGAGAGGAAGAGGGUGUAGAGGAAGAACCUCUGCCCACCAUGGACUGGGCUGCCCUGGAGAGACACCUGGCUGGGCUGCAGUGCAGAGAGCAGGAGAACCACAACCUCAACCACAACCAGAACCACAACAUGGGCAAGACAAACUACACCUCAGCCCAGAAGAAUGAGCGGGAGUCGAUCAGGCAGAAGCUGGCCCUGGGCAGUUUCUUUGACGAUGGACCGGGUAUCUACACCAGCUGCAGCAAGAGCGGCAAACCCAGCCUGUCCUCACGGCUGCAGAGCGGCAUGAACCUACAGAUCUGUUUUGUGAACGACAGCGGCAGCGACAAGGACAGUGAUGCAGACGACAGCAAGACGGAGACCAGCCUGGACACACCUUUGUCCCCCAUGUCCAAGCAGAGCUCCUCCUACUCGGACCGGGACACCACGGAGGACGACUCGGAGUCUCUGGAGGACAUGGACUUCUUGAGUCGACAGAAGAAGCUGCAGGCGGAGGCCAAGCUGGCACUGGCGAUGGCCAAGCCCAUGGCCAAGAUGCAAGUGGAAGUGGAGAAACAGAACCGCAAAAAGUCCCCGGUGGCAGACCUGCUUCCACACAUGCCCCACAUCAGCGAGUGUCUAAUGAAGAGGAGCCUGAAGCCCACCGACUUGAGAGACAUGACUCUGGGACAGCUCCAGGUCAUCGUCAAUGAUCUGCACUCCCAGAUUGAAAGUCUGAAUGAGGAACUUGUACAGUUGCUACUGAUCCGAGACGAGCUACACAUGGAGCAAGACGCCAUGCUGGUCGACAUAGAGGACCUCACCAGGCAUGCCGAGAGCCAGCAGAAGCAUAUGGCUGAGAAGACCCUAUCCAAAUAAGAUGCCCCACCCCCGCCCCCCCUUGCUGCCCCCUGCUUCCCUCUGCUGAGCCCCCCCCCCCCCCCCCCAGCUUCAAGACGAACGUUCUCCCUCUGGCUAUUCCACCUCUGCCCUGUGCCAAUCCAAAACCCUCCCCUGCUUGUCCCGAGUAUUUUGCCCCUCGCUGCUUCCCUGUUCUACCCCCCCUCCACCGCCCCCGUCUACCUUUCAGUCCAACUCACUGACUCCAGUGAUUGCAAGUAGCACAGAAGAAGAAGAAGAAGAAGAAGAAGAAGGCCACCUUCGUUCAUUUGCCUCUGUGGUUUUUCUCCCAGCGAGGAGGAGCGUCUCCCGCCUCCCGGGAGACGAGGAACCUGAUUGUGUGUUUGUCCUGGACUCUGCCCCCCCCCCCCCCCCCCCCCCAGCUUCCUGUGCAGUGAUCGGCCUUGCUUUGCUACCGUUUCUUUUUAACUUUCUACAUUCGCCACUAAAUUAUAACUGUUCAAAUGCAAAAAUUGUGGGUUUAAAAAAAAAAAUAAGUAAAAAAUAAUCGUAAAAAAUUUAGUAGAAAGUCAGUCAUGAGAAGAAAAAAAAAGAAACAACAGUGUAUAAAAAAGCGACGGAAAACUAACUUCUUCAGACCAUUUUAAGUUGGACAGUAAUUUUAAAGUAUUUCAAAGUCGACCCGUUUUUAUUCUGCACAAAUGGUAGUUUUCAACUGAGAAAUGUUCAUUUGAAGGUGCUAAAAGAGUGUAAAGGAAACAUGCCUGCCUUGUAGUGGAGUUGUAGAUUUUUGGUAAUACGUUCACUCUAAUUGCUCUUCAACAUUUUGUGAAUGUUGAUUUUCUGACACGAGUCAUUUUAAAUGAAUAAGUGUGUUAAUAUCGUUUUCAUCCUACUGUAUUCAGAUACUUUAUUUGAGGGAAAAAAAAUGUUUAUGUACAGAUAUGUAAAAUAAAGAAUAAACUUUGUUUCAUAUA